GGGGACUCGUUUUCCUGGAGCACCCAUUAGCAGCCACGGAGUUGCCAUAGCAACAGAUUUUCAGCUUAGCCGUGGCUUUGAAAUGGCGACCGCCGCUUCUUCUAGCGGUACCAGCGAAAGUACUCAAGCCAAUUCCAAAUGGCUGGAUGCCCACUACGAUCCGGUGGCCAACCUGUACACAUUUUCCUCCUGUGUUGAUCUAGCUGACUUGCAUGGUGAUGGAGAUUAUAAGCUUGUGGUAGGUGACCUAGGCUCUUCCUGGCAUGACAUGAAGUUGAAGGUGUACCGAGGCACAGAUCUGCUGAGUGAGAAUGCCCUGCCGGACUUGCCUGCUAGUGUAGCUGCCUUCCUGAUGGAACUGCGUGAGCCAUACAUGCCUGCUGUGGCCGUGGCCUCUGGGCCGUUUGUCUACGUGUACAAGAAUCUCCGUCCCUAUUUCAAAUUUACACUGCCUCCCCUGGAAAUCAACCCCUUGGAGAAGGAUGUCUGGGAGCAGGCUAAGGAGGACAAGAUUGACCCUCCAACAGUGAAAGAGAUGCUAGAGAUGAUCCGAGAAAAAGGUGAUAUUCCCUUGUCCGUGCAGUCCUUGAGGUUCCUGGCCCUUGAUACCCCUGAGAUGGACUCAUUUGUGAACCAGUAUAAGAUGCAACCAAUCAAGCGCCAGACAGUGAUCACUUGCAUGUCUACUCUGAAGAAGAAUAUGGCUGAUGAGGAUGCCAUCAGCUGCCUGGUGAUUGGGACAGAAAGCAAUGAAAUCCUGGUUUUGGACCCCGAGGCCUUCACUGUCUUGGCAAGGAUGGCACUGCCAAGUGUGCCAGCCUUCCUGGAUGUCAUGGGCCAGUUUGAUGUAGAAUACCGUCUGACUGUAGCUUGCCGUGAUGGAUGCAUUUACAUCUUUCGCAGAGAUUCCAAGAAGCCCAAGUACUGCAUUGAACUGAGCUCUCAGCCUGUGGGUUUGGUUCGGGUCCAAAAGAACAUUGUGGCUGCCUGUUCCGACCAGACGCUGCAAGGAUAUACACAGAAGGGAAAGAAGCUCUGGAUCAUCUCACUGCCAGCAAUACCAAUGACUGUGAGCCUGAUGGACCAGAAAUCUCGGGGUUUCCAGGCAGUGCUAGUGGCUUUAGCCAACAUGGAAGUACACUUGUACCAGGACAAGAGCCUUGUGAAUGUCAUCCGAACGCAGGAUGUGGUCACCAGUAUCUGUUUUGGGCGCUAUGGGCGGGAGGAUAACACCCUUGUUAUGACAACCAAAGGUGGGAGUUUGAUCAUCAAGAUCUUAAAGCGGACUGCUGUGUUUGAUGGAGGCGAUGCAUCUGUAGGGGCCCCCAUUGCCCAGAGCAUCAAGCUCAAUGUGCCCAAGAAGACAAAACUGUAUGUGGACCAGACGCUGAGAGAGCGGGAGUGCAGCGUGGCCAUGUAUCAGGUGUUUCAGAUGGAGCUGAGCCGCAUCCGCCUCCUGGCCACACGCACCUACGCCCAGGCCCUGGAGUCCAGCCUGACUCCCAUCACAGACACCCUGCAGGAGCCACUCAAGAUGAAUGCCGUGGUCCAGGGCAUUGGUCCCACCUUCAAGCUGACCCUUCACCUACAGACCACAUCAUCCACCCGCCCAGCCAUCAACCUUCUCAUCAGCUUCCUAUACGAUGAAAGCCUUUACUACAUGGCACAUCCCUUCUUCAAGGCUCCUAUGUUGGUCCCUGGCCUGAAUUACCCCCUGGAAACCUUUGUGGAGUGCCGAAGUGACAAAGGGAUCGCCGAUAUUAUUAAGGUGUUCGUGCUGCGGGAGGGAGAGAGUGUCCCAUUGCUCAUGGCACACAUCAAUAUGCCUAUCAGUGAAGGCCUGGCAGCCGCGUGAACAGCUAGGGUGAUGCCAAAAAGUUGCAAAGAGAGCAGUUUUAGCCUGUAGGCUCCUUUCUGGAGUGGACGUAGAACACCCUUUACCUCCGUCUGUUCUGGGAUGGGGCAUUUUAUGAGGUAUCUCUCAUCUCUAGACAAAGAGAAUGCGAUUCCUUGUUCCCAGGAAGAUGUCACAAGAGAGGUCCAUCUCCAAACUAGGCAGCUUCCUUCCCAGGUUUGGAGGACCCUUUGGUAGUGAGGCCAGUGUUCCAAGUAGCCCGGUGAAUCAUAUCGCUCUUUGAAUUGGGUCUCUGUAUCUGCAGGCAAUCCGUGGAGGUGUUUGUGGCUGAGUUACUAGCCCACAGGAAAUGUGUAUGAACAGGAAUGUACAAAGCCAUCCCACUGAGUCACUUUGUUGGCUCACCCACCCAACCCUGUCUUGUCUCCUCUGACUGGCAGCCACCCAAAUAAGUUUUCCUGGUACAGACACUACAGGCCAGAGCUUAAACCUGAGUCUUGUGUGUGCAAAGAAUGCACUCUACCAGCUUCAGACUGAGCCACCCCUAAAAAAAUGCUUCUAUCCCUGAAGCCUUUCCUGCUACAUGGUGAUUUGUGAAUCCUGCAGAUGUGGAGGAGAAAUGGCCCUUGCUGCCCUUGCUAUUGUAUCAUUUAUUUAUUUUAUUAUAUUUAUAUCCCACCCUCCCCUGAUGGGCUCAGGGCAGGAUAUAAAUAUAAUAAAAUAAAUAUCACAUGUUCCGCCCUGCACCCUAAAGCUGAGGCCCAGCUCAGGUUAAGCCCCACCCUUGGCUUGCCUCUUCCUCAUAUAGGACACAGCUUAGCAGGGUGGGCCUUGGUGGGGCUUUUGGUGGGCCUUGGGCAGCCUCGUUCCUGUGCUUGACGGUGUGGCUUCCCUGCCCACCUUCUGUUCCCCCACUGCCUAUCCAUCCUUUUUUCCCCUACCCAUUUGGUCAUUUUCCAGCACUCUUAACAUUCUCAUGCUGGGUUGGAAAAUGCAUGUAGCUGGAAGUGGUAGUGGGAGGACUCAGAACCAGCAGAUGGGCAGCUGAGUGGGCUGGGAGUGGUGGCAACAGGCCCCUUCAGAAGACAUGGGCUUUGACAACAAGCCCACCUCGGUCUGCUUUUGCUGGCCCUGCAGCUAAGAUUUUCCGUUAACAGGCAAAGUUUCCUCGCUGUCUCUCCUCCCUCUUUGUUCAGAUAUAGCAUGCUGCAUUGCAACCUUGAUAUCUUAGCCAUUUUGAACUGUUCUGGUUCUGUUCCACUUCUGUUGAAGGAGGAGGAGCAGCUAUACCGGGAGGGCCCCUUCCUGUUGAUGGGGUGGACAGCCUAUCAUUUACUUUUUCCACAGCUGUGUGGUUUCUUUUUGACACCUUUUGACGGAACACAGAGGUGUGAAUAAGCAAUUUCUAUUCCCCACUCACAGUUUUAACCACUCUUCAUGAGCGGGUGCUAACUCUCUCUGCUUGUCAAGAUAUGUCUGUUCGGCAAGCAUCUGCCUGAUAGUUGGGGAUGGGAUGGGAGGCUUUCUAUGGCUGGCAAUGCUGAUCCUCCUGGUGUUUAAAUGUGCUGCACUGAACACAGGGAGAUAAUUCUCAGAUUGUUCAAAUGACUUUCCAAAGAAUGGCUGUGAUUGUUGCAGCAAAAAAAUAAAGAAAUUCAGAGGCUGUGAAA